UGUCCAGCCUCCACACACACUCCACAGAGAAGCAACAGAAUCCAUCCAACCAACCAACAUUCUGUUGUGUUUUGCUUUUUCCAACCCUGUGUGUGUAGUGUGUAGUUUCUGCUGGCUCGUCUGACUUUUUGAACGCUUUUCACUUUAAAAUAUAUUUUUUUCUUCUUCUUCGUCUGGCAAAGUAGCCCACUCCUCUCCCCUCCAAUCCCCUCCCCCAGCUUCGACGGUUUCUGAGUGGACUAUGCCCCCUGUGGCUGAGGGAGUGGGGGCCAGGUGCUUCUUCUGAGGCUCCUGGAAGAAACGUCUGGGACAGAAAAUCCAAGACAGUUAGGAUAUUGUUGAAGAUGACUUCAACUGUCUCACCUGUGACCAACUACAUUACAGUAUUCUCCAAUACCACGAUCACCACCAAGUCCAAAGAACAAAUACUCACUCAGAGUUCAGGGGCUAUGAUUGCCAUCAUUGUCAUUGGGCUCAUUUUCAUUCUAACCAUACUGCUUGUCAUCCUGAAGACAUACAACAGGCGGACACAUGCAUCCAGAGUGCUGGGUACGGGCUCCAAAGGGCCACCUCGACAAAAGAAGAUGUCCUCUUCUACAGUGCAGACCAGCAUGCCCUUGGGGAACUUAGGAGCCAGCUCUGUGUCUGGGAGCUUUGCACUGUCGAGUAGUAUGUCCGAAAAUGGAUUCCGGCUGCCACGAGCGGAACUAAACAGGCUGGACCAAAACAUCUUGGAGCAACAAAGCACAAUCAGCGAUUCGACAGUAGUCACCAUACAUGAUACUCCAUCACUAGGGAAUACAUAGCAGGCCUCUAACUUAUUGGACAGGUGACAGAGUCAGCAUAUAAUGCUUGAAAACAAAACCUUUAUUAUGAACAAAAUGGUGCCAUAGGAACGCAAUGGAUAUGCAUGGACACUCCUGUGGACAUAAACAAUUGCUUUCUUGACUACAGUGUUCAGAACUUGGACAAAAUGAUCCUGCUGUCUGUGCAUUUGCAGCUGUGCUACCAACAACCAUGGGGAUAAGCAUUGGAGGAGAGAUGUGUACAAGAUUUACGACAUGAACAUGGUGUCAUGUCUAGUUUUUCUAUGUGUGUACAUUUCUGUGAGAGGGAGUUGUUCACAGGGUUUUGAAUUUAUUCACAUUAUUCUGAUGUAAGAUUAUUAAAAUCUGAAUAAUGUUGUUGUGGUUUUCAACAUACAGGAAAAAUCAUGAGAAUGUUUCUGUGAAAAGUCGAUACUGGUUUGAAGCCCUGUGGAGAUCUAGAUAGCAGAUAAUUAUGAAAAAAUAAGUCCAAAUUAGUUUGAUUCCAAAGGAUUUGGCACUUUUCCCUCACCCUGUCCUGUGAUUGUUUUGCUUAUUGUUAUUUCAUUUAAAUUAAUAUUGAAAAUAAAUCUUGAUAUUUC